GGACGUACACGCGAUGAGAAUACACAAAAAUAAACAACACAAUAGAUUUCAGGCGUCUCUCUCUCCCCGACUUACUCAUAAUUCAUAUGAACUUUGUCUUCUACGGGCAACAGCUUUCGAACUUUCCAAUCCAAUCUCUCUUUCCUUUACAUUUUGAUUCUCUCGGAUGCCAUUGCGAUCUCAAACCCUACAAAUUAUUCUCCGUAUCUUUUCCAAUCCCAUAAACUGCAUUUUCUAGUCUGGGAAAUUUUUUCGACCAAUUGUCUCGGAGGAUCUUGCACAGCCGACAAUUUUUCUUGGUGGGCUUUGUUUCUGGGUGUUGAAAUUCAAAGUUUCUUUUAUUUCUUCCUUUUUCCUUUGUUACUUUUGCAAGAAGAAAUAAGAUCGGAGAAGAUGAUCGAAGGAAGAUUGUCUCUGAUUGGAACAUCGUGUUUCGUGGUACUGUGGCUUUAAGAAGUGGCUCUUUUUGUUUUGACCCUUGAAUGAUUUCUAGGUUUGAUUAGGGUUUCUGGUCUAAAUAAAAGUUUCAUGGAGAAGUUCGAAGUUUCUAAUUUGGUGCUUGUGUGUGUGUAUGCGCGCGCGGUCAAGUAGGAUUGGAGUUUAAUACUUACAAAUUGGGCAGUUGUAUUAUUGAAAGAGCCAUUGAUCAGUACGGUUGGAGAGCUGUUUCUUUGAAAUUAUUAUUAUUAUUUUGUGAAUGGUUGGAUCCUGCUUUAGGAAGCCAUUUGAUCUUGCCAUGUAAAGAUAUAUAUACCUUUCCUACUUAUAAAAAAAGAAAAGCAGGUGUGAUUCACAGAAAUAAGGAAAAUAGUAAAGCUAUGGUUGCAAAAGACCAAAGACAUGCUACCAACUCUCCUACUCCCAAAGCAGAGGUGGGAGAGAUAGACACUAGUGCACCAUUUCAAUCUGUUAAAGAUGCUGUCAACCUCUUCGGUGAAGGUGCUUUAUCUGGGGAAAGACCUGCCAUUAAGAAGGCAAAACCUCACUCUGCAGAGAGAAUACUGGCCAAGGAGACACAGCUCCAUUUGGCUCAGAAAGAGCUAAACAAGUUGAAGGAACAACUAGAGAAUGCUGAAACUACAAAACUGCAAGCCCUUGUAGAGCUUGAAAGAGCUAAAAGAACUGUUGAGGGUUUGACUCAAAAGCUGACUUCGCUUGCUGAAUCCAAGGAAUUGGCCAUCAAGGCUACAGAAGCCACAAAGAAUCAGGCAAAGCAGCUUGAAGGAGUGAACUCUGACAAUCCUAUUGGAACUAACGGUGCUUUGAAACAAGACUUAGAAGACACAAGAGAGCAGUACAUGACAGUGAUUACUGAACUUGAUGCUGCAAAGCAAGAAUUAAGGAGAAUUCAUCAGGACUUUGAUGCUUCCUUGCAAGCAAAACUUGCUGCCUUCAAGCAUGCUUCAGAGGCCAAAGAUGGAGCCAAAGCAAACAUGGAGAAAAUUACCGAGCUCUCCAAGGAAAUUUCAAUGGUGCAGGAAUCACUUGAGCAAGUGAAGCUUGCCACUUCAGAAGCUCAGCAAGAGCAAGCAAAGAUAUUUGCUGAAAAGGAUGUUCAGAUACAGUCAUAUAAAGCUACCCUAGAGGAGUCGGCACAGAAUUUGCUUGCUUUGAAGAAAGAGUUGGAUCCUGAACUCACCAUAAAUCUUGAAGCACAGCUGGCUGACAGAGUGAGUGAAAUUGGGGCUCUGCAAAAGCAAAUAAAAAAUGCAAAGGCUUCAGAUUUAGAUUCCCUGAAAACUGUCACUUCAGAGUUGGAUGAUGCCAAGAAGUCACUACAGAAAUCUGCAGAUGAGGAAACCUCCCUGCGAAGCUUGGUGGAAACUCUUAAGGUGGAGCUGGAUAAUGUGAAGAAGGAACAUGCUGAACUAAAGGCGAAGGAAGCAGAAACGGAGUCCAUUGCUGGGAAUCUGCAUAUAAAGCACCGGAAAGUUAAGUCUGAGCUUGAGGCAUGCCUGGUGGAGGAGUCUAAAGCAAGAGGGACUUCUGAGGAGCUGAUCUCCACACUUAACCAGCUUUCUUCAGAAACCGCAAAUGCAAGGCAAGAAGCAGAAGAGAUGAAGACUAAAGUAGAAGAGUUGAAGAAAGAAACUGAAGCUACCAACAUUGCAUUAGAAGAAGCAGAAAAUAAGCUAAGAAUUGCUCUGGAAGAAGCUGAAGCAGCGAAAGUAGCCGAGGCAAGAGCCCUUGAUCGAAUUAAAGCCUUGUCUGAGAAAACUAAUGCUGCACACGCCUCAACCUUUGAGUCUGGUGCCAAUAUCACAAUAUCAAGGGAAGAGUUUGAGUCUUUGAGUCGUAAAAUUGAGGAGUCUUACGCAUUAGCAGAAAUGAAAGUCGCUGCUGCCAUGGCUCAGGUAGAAGCUGUGAAGGCUAGUGAAAAUGAGGUCCUCAAGAGGUUAGAGGCAACCCGGAAGGAGAUUGAGGGUAUGAAGGGUGCAACUGAAGCUGCUUUGAAGAGUGCAGAGAUGGCUGAAGCAGCUAAGAGAGCAGUGGAGGGAGAACUCCGGAGGUGGCGUGAACAGGAACAAAAGAAGGCAGCUGAAGCUGCAUCUCAGAUUUUGGCAGAAACAGAGAUGUUGUCAGAAUCAUCACCUCUCCACUUUAGGCUUCAAAAGCAGAACCCAGCAGCAGAUAUUAUGGAGACCCGGAAGUUAGAGAAAGAGAAGGUCUUUUCGAAGAAGGUACUUCUGCCUAGCAUCAGCAACAUCUUUAACAGAAAAAAGAACCCGAUUGAGAGUGGGUCUCCCUCAUACUUGCCUGGCGAGAAACCUGUGUGAUAUUUGGGUUUGCCAGACCUUUAUGAAUGGUUGAGAGUGGAACUUGUUUCGUUUUGUGUAUAUUUGAGACUGAUGGGAUUAGGUUCCCUUGCUCUCUCUCGUCUGUUUGGAGAGGAAGAAGUGGAACUGUCAGGAAAUGAGCUUGGUAGCAAGUUCAGGGAAGUGUGAUCUGUAAAUGAGACAAGCGAGUAGAUUAUAUUCAUUUGAAAGUUUACAUUAGAAAUGUGAGAUUUUUACUUUGUUAGCUA